GGCUCCCGCAGUUGUUGUUUUCUCAUAAUUGGGCUCUGGUUGCUUCGCGGUUCGUCCUCUUCCCCCUCCCCUGGCGGGUGAGGUUACCGCCGAGGAGCUGGAGAGUCAACGUGAAGGCACUUAGACCCUGGGAGCGAGAUGGACAUCCUGAAAUCCGAGAUACUGCGGAAGCGGCAGCUGGUGGAGGACAGGAACCUGCUGGUGGAAAAUAAAAAGUACUUCAAGCGGAGUGAACUGGCAAAAAAAGAAGAGGAAGCAUAUUAUGAAAGAUGUGGCUACAAGCCUGUAAGUGAGAAGCCUUCUGGAGAGAUACAACCAAAAGAGGAUGACCAGAAACCACUAACAUCGUCAAAUCCAGUGCUGGAACUUGAACUAGCAGAGGAAAAACUUCCUAUGACUCUUUCUAGGCAAGAGGUCAUCAGAAGACUGAGAGAAAGAGGAGAGCCAAUUAGACUGUUUGGGGAAACCGACUAUGAUGCUUUCCAGCGUUUAAGGAAGAUAGAGAUUCUUACACCAGAAGUUAACAAGGGCUUAAGGAAUGAUCUGAAAGCAGCUUUGGACAAGAUUGACCAGCAGUACUUGAAUGAAAUUGUGGGUGGUCAGGAACCUGGAGAGGAGGACACACAGAAUGACCUGAAAGUUCACGAGGAAAACACCACCAUUGAAGAAUUAGAGGCACUGGGGGAGUCCUUAGGGAAAGGUGACGAUCAUAAGGACAUGGACAUCAUCACCAAGUUCCUGAAGUUUCUUCUUGGUGUUUGGGCUAAAGAACUGAAUGCCAGAGAGGACUACGUGAAACGCAGUGUGCAGGGCAAACUGAACAGCGCUACCCAGAAGCAGACGGAGUCCUACCUCAGACCGCUUUUCAGAAAGCUCCGGAAAAGGAAUCUUCCUGCUGAUAUUAAAGAAUCAAUAACAGAUAUUAUUAAGUUCAUGUUGCAGAGAGAGUACGUGAAGGCGAAUGAUGCUUACCUUCAGAUGGCCAUUGGCAAUGCCCCCUGGCCUAUCGGUGUCACCAUGGUUGGUAUCCAUGCCAGAACUGGCAGGGAGAAGAUCUUUUCCAAGCAUGUUGCGCAUGUUUUAAAUGAUGAAACCCAACGGAAAUACAUUCAGGAGGUACAGUUUCUGCAGAAGGAGAUGAAGUGAGGCUGGUGCUGGAGGUGGUGCUAUGGUGCUGGAGGCUCCUGCUGAGCUUCUAGUGAUCCUGUGGAAGCAUCGUCAAGCUGUGAGAACAGUUGACUGAGGUAACUGGAAGUGUGGAGAAUGAAACCCCAGAGAAGUGACUUGCCAGUGAGUGGGGCGCAGUGAGGAGGUUACAGGGGAGUUCCCUUUUAGCUUCACAGAGCAAAGGACACCACGACUUCCAUACCUGAUGGAAGGGAGGGGAAAUCAUGAGGCUUUUAAUUUGCUUAGGACUAAAACAAAACUCUUGGAAUUUUUUUUUGUUUGUUUGUUUUGAAACAGGGUCUUCUUAUAUAUAUAGUCCAGGUAUGAAUCAUAUCCAACUUGCUUCAAACAAAGAAAUUACAGAUUGGGCACAUAAGAGAAAUACAGGGCUUCAUUAGGACAGCCAGUUUAGAGUGUUUUAUGAUAAUAUGACUUGGAAUGUGGAUUUAGUGUAUGGUAACCUAAGAAGGUAUGGAAAGUGGAGUCUUGGCUUCAGUGUUUAUAGUUAUUUUUAAGUAGCAUAUGAAAAUGUUUUUUUAAUUAUGCAACUAAGUCUGAAGUAUUUGUACUUGUUUUUUUUUUUUAAAUUAUAUAUGCCUCAUACAAACUUGUUUGUAUUGAAACCUUGAUGUGAAUAAAAAAAAGAACCAACUAUGAUCUAUUUGGCAAACUGUUACAGAUCCCAAAUUGUAUGGAACGGCUUGUCAGGUGGCGGCUCUUAAAACUGAAGAUGAGUUCUGGAAAUGUACUUAAAAUCUUCUUAACUGCGUAAAAUUGCAUUCAUAUGCUAAGCUAGAGAAUGGUUGUCACCACUCAUGAAUUAUCUUUGUUUGUCUCUUAGUUCCAAUUGCUGACUGGUCAUUUGUAUGACAUACUUUGUGCCUUAUUCACAUUUAUUAGCAUUAAAAACAUCUCAGCCUGACUCCCUAGUGUUGAUUGUGCAGUUUGUACAGUUCACAUAUACUUGGGUAAAUUCGAAGACUUUCCGUUUUUAAUUUUCAGGAUUCUAUUAAUGUUUUUAUUGUGAGUGAGGGGUGGCAUGUGUGCUGUGCAAUGGUGCAUAUGUACAGGCCAGAGCCCUGGUUCUUCUCUACCUUUGCAGGUUCCAGGGAUCGAACUCACGUCAUUAGGCUUAGCUGCAAGCCUUUAUCAGCAGAACAUCUCACUGGCCCGAUUUUCAUUUCUUAAAACCACAGAUGACUGUAGUAAAGGCUAACGCUUUGAAUUAGAAAAGGUUUUUUCCUUUGAUAAUUGAUUCUAAUUUCCAAGGGUUAAAUUUGUUAAUCAUGCUCAUUUAUACUAUGGGUAAAUGAUACUGUUUAAACGUUCAUACAGUUAGAUAAUUUUAAAGACAACAUUUCUUGUAGACA